UAAAACCACGAGAGUCCAUUGCAGAGCGGUCUUUAAACGCAGUUGAGUUCGUGGCCGCUGUGGUGUGUGUUUGUAUCUGUAAAAUCAUAUAGAUGCGAACUUUUUACUUUUCGGAUUUUUCCUAGGAUUUCUGUGUUUUCGAGAGCAUCCGGAACGAUGAUACCUGAUCCUUUUCAAGAAUUACAGGAGUACAUAAAAUGUGUAGCACCAUGGCCACAAAAAAGGAAUGUGCAAGUGGGAACACAAUUAACAGCAUUGGCAACGAAAACAGAUGUGGAUCUUCCAUUAACAACAAAACUAGAUAUAGAUAUACCAUUGGUAACAAAAAUGGAUGCAAAUACUCUGUCACCGGCAAAAAUGGAUGUUGAUCCUCCCGAAUCUCUUGAUGACUUUACCGAAUUAGAUGCAUAUUUACAUAAUCCUCAAUCGGACUUCGACAUCAUAAGCUUUGCCAAUAGUGAUCAACCUGAUUUCGAUGAUAAACUCUUGGAUGAAUUAGCUACAACUGAAGAAAAGUGUGCUGUAAAUAAUGAUACACUUCCUAUGGAUACCUCUGACCAUAUUCCUGUUUUUGAGAAGGAGCCUUUGAUGGCAUUCUCUGAUACUGAUAACUGUCUAUAUAAUGAAGAACCAAUUAAAACUCAAGGUAAAGAUGUUAUGGAACUUCAUAAAUAUUUAAACAAAAACUGUUUGUGGACUGGUUGUAAUGAAAUUUGUGCAAGGACUCAUACUGUUCCUGAUCCUUCCUGUCCUGUCUGUUCUGACCCUCUGUUAUGUGAUUCUCAUCCGAUAUGUUUUACAGAACGUGGCUAUCGUCAAUAUUAUAAAAAUUCUAGCACACUAUAAUAGCCCUGAAAAAAUAGUUUAUUACCCAGAUGGUGAAUCAAGAUAUAUUGAACCCUGUACAGAAGUAAUAGUUACUCAGCCAUAUACACCAGCUAGUGAUCACUGUUAUCACCAACCUAUGCCUGAAAAUAUGUCUGCGACACCUGUAAAAAGUCCAGAUGUGCUGAAUGAUAAUGUGGAUAGUGAAAGUGCAUCCGAGUCAUCUGAUGAUGAAGUAGAUGUUGUCACAAUUUCCCAGCCAGUCAGAAUGAUGACAUUUAUGGCACCACCCAGAAGGCAGCCUGAAAGGAUAGUUCAAGCUGAAAAAAGUGUGCGCAAGGCCUCCCUUCCUAGGCGGAAACCUGCAACCACAACUGUAUUGAAACAAGCAGCAUCUGCAUUAAAACGAACAAACUUAAGAAUAAGGAAGAAGAGUAAAAGACGCACACAGGCAAGCAGUUUAGAUUCAAGUUGUUAUUCUGACAGUAGUCGUUGUGGUGAUUCCGACAGUGAAGAAGUUGACAAGCGAGUGACACAUAACAAAAUGGAAAGGAGACGACGGGAAGAUCAAAAGCGAGAACUUCAAAAUCUUCGAAUGUGCAUACCUAAUCUUAGGGACAAUGUAAGGGCUUCCAAAGUAAAUAUAUUACAAGAAGGAAAACAUUAUGUUGAACAUUUAGAAUGGGAAUCUAGCUCAUUUGAAGCACAAUUAAAUAGUCUGAAAGAAAAAAAUUUGAAAUUGAAAAAAAGGUUAAAUCGUUUACGGAAGCAGUGUGGAGCUGCUGAACUGCAUUAAAUUAACAUCAUAUGUACUUUGUAAAUAGUUGCAAUAUUUCAUUAUUCACUUUGCCAUGUUUUUUUAUUUACAUUUGAUACUCUGAUUUUGUAAAUUUGUAUACUAGAGUGAAGUUGCAGUGCGAGUAGUAAUUUGAUACAUCUUUCACUCAUAUUUUAAAGUAAUUGUCCUGUCACGGCAAACAGACAAUUUAUUGGUCAUAUUUGUAAUAUGCUAAGGGGCGUUUAGCCACAAUGCUUGAAUGAGCAGCAUUCAUCCACAGUAGAUAGUGAAAUAACAGUGUUUAGGAUGUAACAUUUAGAAAAGAAAUUUAGGACAAGUGGCAUUUAGCUGUGCAAGAUUGAUAAACGACAGGUCCAAGGUUUUCUUUAAAUGCCAUGCAGUUUUGGAUUGAUUUAGGAGUUUGAAAUUAGUCCCAAACUGCAUGGCUAAAGAAAACCUUGGACCUGUCAUAAACACUGUUAUUUCACCAUCUAAAAUUGGUAAACUGAAGUGUUUUGCAAAAGAAUAAAUGAUCUGGCAAAAACACAUAGCCACAAACAAAUGGAUCAUGUGGAUACAUUUUUAGAGAUUAAAGUUUUGUGGAUUCAUAAUUCUAAUCGACCAAGUACAAAAAGAGGUCAUGUUUAUCAUUCACCCACUCACUUAAUUUUCUGGACACUUUCCUAAAAUUGCUAUAUCUGUACACUUAGCUACUAAAAACAAAUUUGGUAAAAAAUAAUAAUAAUAAAUGCAGAAUAUGACAGCCACAAAGGCAACCUGCCUGUUAGGCAAAUAGCCCUCCAGGCUUUGGUAUAUUCACAGAAACCAAACCUAACCUUAAGUAAACCUUGAUAUUCUAUUCUAUAUUUAUAAAUAUUUUUUUUCCCAAAUUUGUUUUUAGUAGCUAAGUGUACAGAUAUAUCAAUUUUAGGAAAGUGUCCAGAAAAUUAAGUGGGUGGGUGAAUGAUAAACAUGACCUCUUUUUGUACUUGGUCAAUUAGAAUUAUGAAUCCACAAAACUUUAAUCUUUAAAAAUGUAUCUACAUGAUCCAUUUGUUUGUGGCUAUGUGUUUUUACCAGAUCAUUUAUUCUUUUUCAAAACAAAUUGGGUUUAAGUUUUCAAGUAAUUAUAUUUUUCAAUAAUUUCAUUACUUUUAUAUUUUGAUAAUUCUCAUAAUUCAUAAAUUCAAAAAGCAAUCGUCUGUAAUAAACGGGUAGACAGUUUGGCCACUUGGGUUAAAUGUUAACAUCUAAAAUGGUUAGUGCAAAUUAUUAACACCCAUCAUAAUUUAUGCUGUAUUUUAAGUGUUUUUCAUAUGUGUAUAUAUCAUUUUUUCAUCUAGUCAUUCAUUUAUUUUAUUACAAGUGUGUAGAAGUCUGCAGAUUGCAGUAUGAUGAAUGUUAAAAUUUGAUUACAGUUAGCCUUGUUUUUGACUUCAGCAGAAAGUAGUUUAUCCGAAAACAACAUUUUUAUGGUUUUACUGAUGUGCAGGAUAAAUAAAUAUGAACCAAUUUGUCUUACGAAGUGUUUCUAGACUUGGAGCAUGCAAGGUUUUUCUCUUAUUAAAAAUGUAUUUAAUAGUGGGUGUAAUAGCAUUAUACAGUGGAUAAACUAUGAAAAUUGCAUUUUUAUUGCAUUUGGGAAUACUGAGUAAUUAAAAUGUGUAUUUUUCAUGAACAAUUAUUUAAUUGAAGAUUAUUUAAAACUUGAAGCAUUCAAAAGUCUUGAGUGUUUCAUAUCUGUAGACUUUAAAUUUUUUUAUCUGCAAACUUUGUUUUUUAUUCCAUUUGUGCUAGUUUUAAAAUCUUGACUGUAAAAUUCAAAUUGUCAUGAAUUUUGCAAUUAUUUGAAGGUUUGUUACCAUGUAUCCUCAGUCAUUAACCUUAGAAAUUUCUCUAUGCUAUUUUAAUUUCAUUUUCAUCAAGUUCUUAAGUAAUUUAAUUUUAAAGUAAUUUUUAAUUUUUUAUGAUCAGAGUAGUGUAUUUAGUAUUGUUUGGAUUUUAAUUGUUGUCACAGAAGUUGUGCUGCCUUAAUCAUGCCUUCUUUCAUAAUUUUCUUGUUGUCUGUACAAAUCAUUGUUUUUUCAAUUAGAAUUUAUUUGUGAAGCAUGUCACCUGUACUGUUGCUGAAUCAAUGUAAAGUGCGUUGUAUAUGUAACAUUUUAACUUCAGGUAUAUGCCAAAAAUGUUUUUGUAUAUCGAGAAUUUACUAUUUGUGCUUGAAGUUAAAUAAAUUGCUAUUUCUAAAA